AUGUUGCCAUGUGACAUAACGCCAAUGGAGCGGGAUGAUGCCGUCUAUAUGGUGCUCUGGUUUCGAGAGGGAGACGGCGAACCCAUCUACAACUUUGAUGUGAGGGGUCGUCAGUUUGGACAGGCUCGUUUAUGGUCCUCGCCAUUGGCCUUUGGACCCAGAGCGCAUUUCAGCAGCACAUCGCAUCCUGCGCAGCUGAAAAUCGACACGGUUCGAAUUGAGGAUGAGGGCGUUUAUCGAUGUCGUGUCGAUUUUCGUAAUUCACCUACGCGAAAUCUGAAAAUAAAUCUAACCGUUAUUGUGCCCCCGGAUAGACCCAUUAUCUAUGAGCCCAACAGGCAUGACAAGACCAGCAAUGUCGAGUCCUUCAACGAGGGCAACGAUAUCGUCCUUGCCUGCGAGGUUUCCGGUGGUCGACCCCGUCCAAAUGUCACCUGGUACUUGGACAACACCGUCAUUGAUGAGACCUUUGAUCAGCGUGCCGAUGGCAAAACCGUUAAUCAUUUAUCCUAUCCCAAUAUUGGUAGACAACAUCUCAAUGCCCGUUUGGUUUGUGUGGCCAGCAAUACGAAUUUAACGCCGCCCAACAACAAGGUCGUCAUACUGGAUGUCAACUUGAAACCUGUUGCCGUGCACAUCCUGACCAAGGAUCGCUUUGUAUCCGCGGAUCGCACCUAUGACAUCGAGUGUAAAAGUUCGGGCUCGAAACCGCCGGCUUUAAUCUCCUGGUGGAAGGCCAACAAGCAGCUGAAAAAAUUCACCAAGAAUUUUAAUGAGCCAGACAAUCAAUCCCUAAGUAUACUGACGUUUACACCCAGUCGGGAGGACGAUGGCAAAUAUUUAACAUGUCGAGCUGAAAAUCAAUUCAUCGAUGGCAGCUCCAUCGAGGACAAAUGGCGUCUCAUUGUGCACUACCAACCAACAACGGUGUUAAAGAUGGGCUCCUCCUUGAAUCCGGAUGACAUUAAGGAAGGCGACGAUGCCUAUUUUGAAUGCAUUGUGCAAUCAAAUCCGAAACCCUACAAGAUGUCCUGGUUCCACAAUGGCAAGGAGCUGCAGCAUAAUAUCUCCGUGGGCAUCAUAUUGUCGGAUCAAUCGCUGGUCCUACAGAGCGUUUCGAGGGCCUCGGCGGGGGACUACACCUGCCUGGCUGUCAAUUCGGAGGGCAAAGGCCUCAGUAAUCCGGUCACAUUGCGCAUACGCUACGCGCCCAUCUGUGCCAUCGAGCAUGAGGAGCUCUUGGGCGCCCUCAAGCACGAGACGCUGCCACUGAAGUGCGAAGUGGAUGCCUCUCCACCUGCCGACUCCUUCCACUGGACCUUCAACUCUUCGGGGGAGCAAACGGAGCUACCCGCCCGUCUUCAUUCCAGCGAGACGGGCAUGUCGAGAUUGAAUUAUACGCCCAGCUCGGAUCUGGACUAUGGCACAAUUUCCUGUUGGGGCAAGAACUCAAUUGGACUACAAAAGAGUCCCUGUGUCUUUCAAAUUGUGGCUGCAGGUCGUCCAUUUCCAUUGCAAAAUUGCACUGUAAGCAAUCAGUCUGUGGAUUCACUUCAAGUUGACUGCAUCGAGGGAUUCGACGGAGGUUUACCCCAGAGCUUUAUGCUUGAACUGGUCGAAUUGAAUUCACUGCGCUUGGCCAGAAAUAUAACAGUCACUCACACGCCGGCUACAUUUCUCAUUGAGAAUCUGGAUCAGGCAGCCACCUAUCGCAUGAUCAUCUUUGCAGUCAAUGUCAAAGGUCGCUCCGAGCCAAUAAUCAUUGAUGACAUUAACUUUAAGGGCGUGGCUAAAUUAACAGGUAGCACCACGGGUCUUCCCAUUCCGCUUUCUCCAGUUCUAGCCGGAGUGACGCUCUUCUGUGGACUCCUAUUCGCCAUAUUCUGCAUCAUUCUGGCGGCGAUUUACAGACGGUUCUCCAAUCGCCGCAACGAUAAUAAUCUCAAAGCCGUUAAGCACACACAAUUAGCCAUACCAUCAGACUGCCAACUGGAUCCGUUGCGUCCCAAUCAGCAUGCAAAUGGCCAGGGCCAGGGCCAGGGACAAGGACAAGGGCAAGGGAUGGGAAUGGGCAUAGGAAUGGGUGUGGGUAUGGGACAUGGCCAGGAACAGUCUCACCACAGUCUGUUGCCGAUUAAUUGUGAUAAUCGAAAUGCGGUCGAGUGCGGCAACUUGGGCAACGAAUUGAGCCUGGACGGUGGGACGAGAACAUCUCCAAGUGGUCAUGUUCUCACCAUGUCAAUGGGCAGCGAUACAUUGCGUUCCACAGCGCGUACUCGGCCCAGUCAACAACUGCUUGGGGAUCAGGCCGAUAUAGAUGACACGGAUCCCGAUGUUAUACCCAAUCAGUAUGAAAAAAGGCCUUUAAAGGCACUUGUGGUAUCCCCAGGAUUUGCCAGUCCCUCGACGCGACUGAUGCAGCGGGAUUACUGCAACAGUCGAGAUGCCGAGCAUCUGAAGAGCACUCCCGAAUGUAUGGGAGGUGGUCCAGAGGCCAGUACAAUUGGCCUCUUAAGCAAUUCAGGCAAUGAAGUACUGCAUUAUACCUUCCGCCCAAGCAAACAAAUUAGCUAUGCCACUCUCAAUAAGAAAGGCAUAACAACCUGUAGUCCGCCACUGGGAUCGUUGACCUAUAAUGACCUGCACUCUUCCAGACCUAACAGAGUUCUGCGGGAGUCACAUUUCUGAGUAACGAUAUAUCCCUCCCUGUCGUACUAUAUCAUAUUAUAUGUAUCCAAUCUCUAUGAAAGUAUUAUCAAUUGAUUUUUAAACGAGUUUAACUACUAGCCACAAAAUGUGUUGAAUACCUAUGUGUAAUUAGACAUAUCUAACUAUAAGGCAUAAUAAUUGUAAAUAGAUCGAUUAUAUAUAAGUAUAAGUAUAUUUAGAGAUGGAUAGCAUUGAAUUAUCGAUUAGUUGAAUGGUAAUCGAAUGUCUUCAUAUUAGCAUGAAUGUUUUCCUGGAACUUAUUUGUGUACUGCCUAAAUCAAAUCGCAACGAUAACGAUAACGAUCAAUUUAUUGAUAACUUGUAAAUAAAAUGAAAUUGUUUGUUAUCACAAGAAAGGCUCCCCAAAAAUAUAAUUCGAAUAAGAUAUUAUUGUUAAGUAUAUAGAACAAUUGAAGUCCCCGCUAAAUCUAUAAUACUUAUGUUCUGGCUAACUGUGUCCUCACUAAAACUUAUAUUAGUUAAUGAUAAUAUUAAUGCAUUGGCAUUCUAUACAGACUUCCUAAUUAUACCUAUAGUAUAUAUAGAUACAUAUAUGCUUCGUAUUCGAAGGAACACUGUUGACGACACAGUCUAGCCAAUUAGUAUGUGCAUGAGUGUGUGACUGACUGAGUGUGUGUGUGUGUGUAUGAAUGUGUUUCUGUUUUAGACUCAAUAUUUCUAGGCCAAGAAAUGUGUAUUUGUAUGUGUGUUAAACUUAAGCUGAAAGCAAA